CGACGACAGCGACGACUGCGGUAAUUAUGAUAAUGAUAACGACGAGGGCAACUCCUCUCAUUCUUCUAUUAUUGUUAUUAGCUGGCGCGUCUGUGUCGGCUGAAAGGAGCGUCCUGGCGCAGCAGCUACUGGAAAACUACGAGAUAGAACCACCGAAUGAUGGUCAAAUCGAUGUUGAGGUUCAUGUGUACAUCCGAAAUUUCGAGUACAACUCCAGCGCUGAUCGAAAACACAGGAUGCAAUUAUUGCUACGACUGAAAUGGGAAGACAGUCGUCUGCAGCACCAAUCCCACCUAGAGACGGUGAAUUUCCCUGCCGACGGCAUUUGGGUGCCGGACAUCUAUUUUGAAAAUGAAAUACAGGUGACGGAGCAGCGGACAUUGCAGGGAUCGAACACCGCUCGGGUGAACCGUAAUGGCGAAGUCUACUUCCAGCGUCGUCUUAACGUUGAGUUGUCUUGUCCUAUGGACUUACAUAACUAUCCGUUAGAUAUACAACGGUGUCCACUUAUUAUAUCGAGCUGGUCACUACCCGAAACCCGUCUUCGGCUCAAGUGGAGCAGUGUACCAAUCAUGCUAAACAAGCAUGUACUUGAAAUGGGCGAUUUUCGAUUAAAAUCAUUCGAGACACAAAACUGUUCGUCGUCCACGAGCGCCGAUAUCAUCUCGUGCAUACACAUAGACUUUGUCAUGGAGCGAAUGGUUUUACCGUAUCUCGUUCGCGUAUUUAUUCCGCUGUCAAUGUGUGUACUGAUUUCGUGCCUUUCAUUCUGGAUCUUCUGCUCACCAGUGCGGAUUACGCUUCUGAUGGUUGACCUAAUGGGCGCCACAUUUCUCGCCCACUUCAUCACAGUCAAUAGCCCAGUCACGGAUUAUACGAAGUAUAUCGAUGUCUUCACAGGAACGUCCCUAGCGUUUAUUGUGUUCGCUUUGAUCGAGUUUGUCACCGUGCAAUUCGUCUACAAGCGCGAGCUCAUGAGUGAAAAGGUCCACUCAAUGAUGAAUGAUAUACGCAUUAAUUGGAUUGAUUACCUUUGCCGAUUUUUUGUUCCUCUGCUUUUCUUGGUGUUUGUAAUCGUCUAUUUCGCACUUGCCCUAUUUAGUCGCGCCUGAGUUAUCACUCAACGUAAUGUGGAUUUAAACUGCUUUGUUUGAGGUUCUACCUAUCUUCUUGGCAAAAUCCUAACUUCUUUUUUUAUACAACCAAUGUAAAAACAAAUAUACUACACUGCUACCAUUGACGUGAUUGUUACCACUAUUAUAAUCAUCAUCAUCAUUGUUUUGCUAAUUGCAGUCAUGCAAUUAAGAAGAAAAAGCGUUAUUUCAGUGAAUAGUCUCUAAACUGUGUUAAUUUUUCCCGGCCGUCGCAUAUUACGGUAACACAUACGCCUCUAAAUCAUCCCUACCAUGAACGGUACGACCUAACACUGAAUACACAAUGAUGCAUGUACACUCGACACCGCCAACCUGCACGCCAAUCAAAUCUUGCUACUUUUAGUCGUGAUUGCUCUAAAUAAUGUUACUUAGAAGGAUUACCAAUAGGCAAAUGUGACGAAACAUGAUGAAACCGCCCCCAAACCCGUUUAAUCGUAACUUCGUUGCAAACCAUGUGACCCAAUCGGCCGAUGGACAACACAUCCACCGACCAUGUAUAAUGCGACCAGUCAGAUUCGGCCGUCGAUAUUGGUAUUUUGUAAGCAAGGCUUGCGUUCAAAAUGACGGAAAUCGACCACGGAGUACGCCAACAACUCUGAAAUGCGAUUUCGACGCUAGAUGUGAUAUUCACAAUUGAAAACAAGCAUCUUGCUGGCCGACUCAGCCAAACACGUAUCUCAAAUGUAAUAUGCCCAUAUCUCUCGCCAGGCUUAAGCUGACGGAAAACAUUCAUCCGUGUUUUAAAUAUUACCGCGCAAAAGCUAAUUAUCUUGAUCUUCUAGAAUAAUAUGGUGUGAGAACAUGUCGCGCAAUUUGCCAAAAUAGAAUAAGCAGUAGCAUCAUGUUCCGUAUGAGAUCAGAUACGGACAGGCAAUCCUGCUUUGUUUGUUGCAGAGAUCGCUUUAGGCCAACUCGAAGAUUCCGCCAUUCUAAUGAGCGCUCAAACGAAGAGGAACAACGACCUUCGCCGAUUAUAACAGUAACACGAAUAUACGCAUCAACACCCUUUGUUCGAAAAAUCCGAAGCUACGCCUGUAGUAACUAGAGGACAACGGUCAGCAGAACAGCUCAGAUGCUUGACAUUAAGAAAAUAGCUAACUAACUACCAAUUAAAUGUUUUUGAGUCUCCUCUAAUUUAAAUGAUUAUAUAUAUAUAUUUUUUAUAUAGCCAAUAGAGGACCACACAUAUUUGUCCCGACUAGCUUUUAACUGGUCAAUUAUGAGUUUGCUAUACGUUGCAGGCGCUACAUUUUCUAUAACGACACAGUAUAUAUAUAUAUAUAUAUAUAUAUAGAUACUUAUGUGAUGGCAGCCAUGGUGUCAAUCAAUGGCAAAUUAUUAAAAUAGGCAUAAAAAAACGAACGAAAUAUUUAAAAACGUUAGUAUUUUCAUUAGCGACAAGAACGUUGUGCUUAUAGCAGGUACAUUGCGCUGAAAUAAUAAACCACUAGCAACAUUUGGUAGAAAUUUGCUUAGUGAUUACUACAUCUUUAUAAAAGAAGCCACUAUAAUUUAUAAGAUAAAAGAAAUACAAAUCGUUAACAUA